AUAUGUUCUCCUAUUUGAAGAAGAGCAGAGUGUUGUCAUGCUGUAAAAACGAGGAAAUAAUGGGUGUUGUUUGGUGUUUUCUUUUCCUCUUUCAGAUCUUUCAGUAUCUCCGAGGGAGAUGCUCCCGCCCCAACAGGGGUUACAGCAAUGGCAUCUCCUCACACUAUGGGGACACAUCGACCCUGCAUGGACGUGGCUCCCUCUUCUGCAGCGGAGAGGGCUCCAUCAUCUACACCCGAGGAGCUGCACCCACAUCCUCCCCAUACAGCAUCACAGUGGGGUGCACACCCGGCAGCGAUGGGGUCACUGUAAUAUCUGGGGGUGAUAGUGAGGGGGCAUCGGGAUGGGGCACAACGGGGGGGACAGUCCCAACCUAUAGCCCUCGUGGAGCAACGGGAUAUGGCUCUGAGGACACAGGAUGGGGUAUGGUUGGUGGUUCAGGGGGUGGCGGAGGAUCAGGAUGGUACAGUGGGAAACUGGGUGUUGGGAGAGGCUCUGGUUAUGGGUAUGGUGCAUCGCAGAAACAAAAGGCUGUAAGCACAAGUGCUGGACAGGAUCUGUAUGGUGGAGCAUCAGGCUAUGGCACCGGGGGAGAGUUCAGCUCUGGAGGUGCUGGGAUGGCACAGGCUAUGCAGCAGAAGUGCCCUGUGGUCAUCCCCAACAUUGAGCCCCAACAGAUCAAGCAGAGCUGCCAGUGGCCCCCCAGCCAGAAGAAGUGAAGGAUCCCACGGAUCUCACUCUGUGCUUCAGAUGUGCCACG